AUGACCGACCUCUACCUGCGCACCCUCCAGCCCUGCACGGCCGCGGCCGGCGCCGCGCCGGGCUCAUUCACCGCCCCCGCCCCCCAGCUGCUGAUCAAUCUCCAGACCCGACUGGCCCUCUUCCAGCUCGACGAUGAUUCCGCCUCCCUGAAUCCUCUGGACGAGUUUCCUGUCUUCUCGCGCGUCUGCCACCUGGCCACCUUGCCGCGGGACGGCGAACUGGACGCGGCGGUGAUCUGCACCAAGGACGGCGUGACCGUGUCGGCAUGGGACGGCUCUGCCAUGCGGCCGCUGGCCGACGGGAUCUGCUGGGAGGCGCCGGGGGGCGCCGGGCCUGCAGUGCGGCGCGUGGAGGGCGUGGCUGUCAGCGGGCUGCACGCGCCGGCAGGGAUGGCGGGGAGGGUGGGUAUGAUCGCGGCGGCUGUGUUCGAUGAGGCGAUCCAUGUCGUGAGGAUGGAGGCGGGACGGUGCCCGGUGACGGCACGCACGGGUGGGAUCCACGCGCGGGCGGAGGCCUUCGGCCUGAGGGAGGCGCUGGGCAUGGCGGGCAGAGGGCCAGAUUGGUAUGCCCAUCAGGCAAUAACCGUGCUGGACAUGGCAUUUGUGCCAGCACCCUUUGAAUCCGAGGACCAACACCUGCUGGCCGUUCUCUACCGUAUUGAAGCCACCAUCGGACAUUUGGUGCACCUGGACUGCUUGGAUGUCAAUAUGAAGGACGGCAAGCUCCGAGCAGGUCCCUGGCACAUCAGGAAGGAAUGUUCACUCGACAACAUCUCUGGUACUUCCGCACGAGCCCUCCUGCGCUGUGCCUGGCACGGAAUGGGCUGGCCUAUGGGGAGUACUGGUGGUCAGUGCUGUGGGCGUGAGGUUUGCGGGCUGCAACGACUCGCUGGACCUGCUCCAGCGGGAGGUGCCUGUGGUUGA